AUGAUGAAGAGGAUACUCCUCCUACUCCACUUAAGAAAAAAACAGAAGAAAAAUAAGGCAACAGUUGCCCCUUUCCAACCAAAUCAACAACAAGGUGUCGAAACCAACACUCUCCCCCCUCUUCCAAAGAAAGCUCCAUCCCAGCCUUCUGGUGCUGCAGCGCUGGAGCAUAUUGGGAGCAAUGUCUCUGAUCCAGAGGUUCAACAGGACAAAGCCACCACUCCCCUCAUUUCUACUGCCAAUCAAAGCGAUCCUUCGAGCGGCAUGAAUCCAUCUCCUCCUUCGACAGUCAGCGGUGCUAUCCAAAACAAAGGAUCUUCGACUGGAGCUCACAAUCUUGAAGAAGACAACGCUCAGAAUGAAGAAGAAACCUCUUCUCCUGGUGAAGAUGGUAAAAGAGAUUCGAAGCACGUUGACGAAAAGGACUCAACAGGGAAAGAAAACUCUGAGAAUACUCCUAGUGAUUCUCCCACCAGAGUUGCGUUCCCUUCAAAUGAUGCUGAUGAGGACGAUCAGGAUUCAGAUGAAAUUGAGGGGUAUUUUCGAGAAGAUGAAGACAUAAAUAUGGGAGAAGCUGAUACUGAGGGAAAUCAAACUGGAACUAGUAAUGCCAGCAUCGAUACGGUCUCAAAUCCCACUAAAGUUCGACCAUCCAUCACCCAAACUUCGCCCACACCACUUACUGAGGAGGAGAAAAGAUCCUUAAAACAAAAUGACCCCCUUAAGUAUGUGAGGUUAAUGAUGGCUCAAAGAGAGUCUUCUUUAGAGCAAAGUGUUUCUGGAGCUUCGACCCAAUCUGGUGCUAGUGCAAACGAAGCAUCACAUGAAGAACUCCUUCAGCAGGUGAAGAAGGCAGUUUUUGACGUAAAUCUCUUUGAUGAGCUAAGGAAUAAUGUGGGGGCGAGCUUUAGCAUAAAGAAGCUGAUAAGCAAGAUUAAAAUCACUGCUUGCCCCACUGAUGUAGGUGAAGCCCUUAUUGAUAUUCAAAACCUCAUUGACCAAGUUUGUGCUGAAUAUCAUAGGGAAGUGGAUGCCAAAGCUAAACUGAUGUCGACUGAAAAAGCUCAAGCCAUUGAGUUUGACAAUGCCCUUCGAACUUCACAAGCUUCUGAAGAGUUAGCCGCUUCCAGAAAAUCAGCCCAAGCAGAGUUCGAUACUUACACUACUUCGAUACGCCUCUGGGAAUCUCAUAUUGCAGAAUUGCAGCAAAAGAUUUCUGAUGCUAAGGCGAAGCAGGCUGCUAUCCGAGGCUUGGAUAGUACUGAAGCUGAUGAUCUGGCGAAGCAAAGCGUGGACCACGUCGAAAAAGCUACGGCUAUGAACGAAGAUAUUGCACGCCUCAGAGGAGUUCAAACGGCUGUUCAGUAUAAGAUUGGCUUGGCGAAGAAGAAAUAUGAUCGGAUGAGGGCCACUAUUCCUUUUUUAUUUACUCCUGUAUUUUCUUUAUUCGACUCUUGUUUAUUUGUAACUUGA